CUUGGCUACUGCCGUGGCACAAAGCAUUUGCCGGGAAGCAAGCCUCCGGUACAAACGUGCAAGAUGGCGUCUACAAAGUUCAUGGGACUUCUAUUGGCGGUUAUUCAUGUCGCAAUGAGUAAAGUUGAGGUUCCGAAGAUAUCACUGAACGACGGAAAUCAAAUUCCUAUUUUGGGAUUAGGAACUUAUGGUUCGGCCAAAGAUAUAGCAAGAAUGCGCCAAGCGAUCAACUGGGCCAUAGAAGCAGGUUACCGUCACAUCGACACAGCAUCUCUGUACGGCAAUGAAGUUGAAAUCGGCCAGGGCAUAGCUGAUGUAAUUAACAGGGGUCUUGUGAAGAGAGAGGACUUGUUUGUUACUACUAAGUUGUGGAAUGAUAAGCAUGCAAGGGAUCAAGUGGUGCCUGCACUUCAGGAAUCUUUAAGUCGCCUUGGAUUGGACUAUGUCGAUCUUUAUCUUAUUCAUUCUCCUGAGUCUGAAAAGGCUGACGGCACUUCCGCCAACAUCGACUACUUGGAAACCUGGCAGGGUAUGGAGGAGGCUAAGAGACUCGGCCUGGCGAAGUCGAUCGGAGUUUCCAAUUUCAACAUCGAACAGAUUGACAGACUUCUUGCUAACAGCAAUAUUCCACCUGCUGUUAAUGAAAUUGAGGUUCACCCAUCACUAACUCAAACGGACCUAGUAGCACACAACCAAGAUCGUAAAAUCGUCGUGAUGGCAUAUAGUCCUUUCGGUUUCCUCGUCUCCAGAAACCGACCUAGCGCAGUAUCUCUGAGAGCUGAUGACCCCGCCCUAGUGAAGAUCGCUCAAAAGUAUGGAAAGACGACUGGGCAAGUUGUGCUCAGAUAUCUGAUUGACCGUGGUAUGAUACCGAUCCCAAAAUCCACCGACCAAAACCGCCAGCGGGAAAACAUCGAUGUAUUCGACUUCAAGCUCACUCGUGAUGAAAUCGAAACUAUUAACAGUUUUAAUAGUAAUACCAGCAUUUUCUAAAUCACUUAUGAUUGUUAUUGCCUUAAUGCUAUCUGAAUAAAGUUUUUCAUUAAUUUCUAAA